CACGACUUAGACGAGCCCAAUCGUACUUGGUCGAGCCGAAAACCCAUACACGCCCUCGACAUCCAUUCUCCUUGCUACCCAACCAAGCUCAACCAUCUGGCCGUCGUCUAGCCUUCCGUCGAAUUGCCGCUACUGCCAGACCUCCCUCUCAGGCCUCAUCUCUCACACAGUCUCUAGUCCAUAUCGGCGAAUGCUGCCUUGCUGAGGCUGAUGCAGGGACGAAUGGACCGAAGGGAGCGGAUGGAGUCUUUCCAUCACGUUCAUGCCCGCCCCAGCAUGUCUAUGCCCAAGCACAUGCCCAUGUCCAUGCCACUGGGCACCCCAAGGCGCGAGAGACGCACGAGGGACCCAGAAACGCCAGAAGAAGAAGAAGACUCUUCGCCCUUUCCUGAUGUUGAUUGGCCACCCGAAGACGAUCUAUCCUCUGCCCCGUCGCCUCAUGAGAGACACCAGGACUCAGACGACUUCUCUGAGCAUACAAGACCUUAUCCUCGCCGUACAAGGGCCCCAAGUGUUGAGGAAUUAUCGUCCACUGCGCGCUCUUCGUCAUCUUUCAUUGACAUAGGUCGCCCUAUCCGGCCCCGAGUAUCUCCCAGUGCUGGCAUGCACCUUCGUGACGACGACACUCUUCCUCCAGAAGCAAGACUCCGUCGGCCAUCCGUUCUCUACGACGAAGACGCAGAAGAGAUCUUUGUACCCCGAUCUAUCAUGGACAACAGAUCGCGGCCGGCGAGCCGUGCCUAUGAUUCCCGCUCACGGUCCAGAAGCCGCUACGACGCACCGCGUAAUAGAAGUCCAUCAACAAAUCGACAGCGUUCUAUGCCAGACUCGAGAUGGUCUCCAAGGUCGUCAUCUGAUAGAGAAACUCAGCUCACCGAUCACUCUGGUGACGAAAAGCUUGUUCGCCAUAACAUCCCUCAUGCGCCGCCUGCUCCGCCCUCAGUUCACGAGCGUCCGAGCCGCAAGCUACCUACGCCGGAGACCUGCUUCACCUUCUCGCCGCCGUUCACCCUCAAGGCAUGGCUCGCCAUCUCGGGCUCAAUCUCGGUCCAGGCCAUCUUCUCCAUCACGAGGUGCUUCGCGGGCUCCUUCGCGGGCUCCUUCCAUGAGGCGGGCGCUUAUCAGAACCUCAGGAGCCCUUGA